CUCGGACCAAACCAUCAAAGAUCAAGCUCAAGAUCAUUGUACACUCGAUCAUGUACACUCCUGCACACGUUUUGUCGAAGAAAUCUGCUCAGAAAGAGCGUACUCACCUACCAGCAUCUCUUCAACACUGACAGCACAUCGCUGGAUAACCACCGUCGUCCAGACCCAGGAUCCCAAUUUCUCACUGGAAUCAUUCACCCUAUUCCCGAACGACCUUCUGGCGUACUCACAUAUGCCGUCCAACGAGACGGUCUUGGCCUGUCUCGAGAAUCCCAAGAGAAUAUUUUUUCCAGAAGACUACGGGAUUUAUGAAGAAGGUAAUAAAAUUCACUAGUACUUCGCAGGCCUGGCGAGGCUCUAAACGAUUGCAGAUGGCUCGAAGCCAAGUACACAAUACACCUUCAAAGCACCCUUCUCAUACGCAGAUACGGGGAGAUUUUUGGAUAAACAUAGCGUUGCACUCGCCAGCAAAGCACGUCAAUUUUC